CCGUACCGUGCCCCGUGCCUGGGACAGUAAUCUCCAAUCUCCGUUUUGUAGAACAUUUAGAGCUCGGCGUAUACCCCGUGAAAAUCGUCAUUCAGUCUAGGGUGGUUAGGGUCGGUCGGUCGGUCGGUCGAGUGAGGUCUUUAACUUUCACGGGCUUUUGAGUAGUUUUUGCGGAAUGUGACAAAACAGGAUUUCGGUCGCCAGUCAGUGGCAUACGGUCGGGUGAAGCUUCUCGAGCGUUUUUGAAAUGCUGAUGUGAUUAUGACACUUGAACCGAAAUUUUGUGGCUAGUGUCUUGCUUUUGCGGUUGAGGAAGUCAUGCGUUGGGAAAAACCUUCUUGUUCGUUGCAGCAGAGUGCAGCCAGCAAGCGCUAGUGAACAAAGCGCAUCAUCACCUUCUGUAUUCGCUCGAAUGGGGUCCACUAGAGCAAGUACACUUCAGCAACGCGCUCGUGGACAUUAGACUGGUUCAGGGGCCAAGGCGACACGUGAACUUUGCAUCUGGCGCGGUGGUGGUUGCAACAGUAAUAAUCAAAAUUGCAACAGCAUAUUAAGAGGAAGGCUGUUCAGUUUGGAUUAGUUUAACCCCUUCUAGGGUCUAAAGAGCAUCCCCGAGCGGCUCUCCAAAGCACAAACACCUGAAUAGAGCUGCUCACAGGAUUUACUCGAGUGUGUUUGUGACAAGUGUUGGUGACGCGUAGUCGUACCUCUAAUCCUUGGUUGCCCUGCGGCGUGAAUAGGAAGAAAACAGCUUUGGUGUGAAGAAAAGAGUAUCAUCGCCUCGCGCCAAGUGUUGCUCCUUGCUCCUGUUUGCACAGAAGGUGCGCUGCUGUUGUGUUGUGCAUGCUUCUAGAGGGGUAGCGAAACCAGCUACUUCCGUCGUCAACGAAGAUGCCAGGAGUGGUGUUUCUGGUUAGUGUGCCAACGGCAAAUUAUGAACGAGCACUAAUUAACGGACUCGAUUACGGCAACAGUGAACUACUCCCACCUGCGCCGCCCCCCAUUCCACCUCAUCACCCUCAUCACCAUCAGCCGGGCACCGGACGCAAUCUGAACAUCAACGUUCCGGAAAGUGCAGCGCCAUCAGUUGUUCAAUCGGCAUCGCCAAACGAAACAGCUGCAAAUGCCAUCCUGCGGUUGGAGGUCGAACUGCGCGAUAAGCACGCGCUGCAGCACAACAAUCGAAGGCCAGCCAAGGGACCACGGUCGCCACCGCCCCCGGCCUAUGGGAAGGUCGUCGGUACCGGGGCCGGAGCCGGGGUCAAGCAGCGCAACGACGAGUGCUUUGUGCCCAUGGAAAAGGUGCUCGAUGAGUUGCUGAAAAAGCUGGAGAUUGAGCACGUGCUGUGGCAAGCGGACCGAGUCGGUCACUAUUACCAGGUGCUGUUCCCGUUGCCGGCCGGUGAUCCAUGCGAAACCACUCUUCACUGUUUGACCGAGCUGGGCAUCGGUGUCCGGGCCAACUCGACCGUCAGUGUCCUUCCGUGCAGUGUCAGCUACGAUGGGUCCGCACUUGACAGCGACGGGAACGAUGAUGAAUAUGGCGACGACGGCGAGGAGAACUCCAAAUGGAACAACUUUGUCGACUCGAUCCGCUCCAAGCUGACGGUGAAACAGGUGGUCGACGGUGUCCGGGCCGGAGGUUCGUUAUCGUUCGACUAUCUGCUGCUUAUCGUUACGGCCGAUUCCCUGGCCGCCCUCGGACUGGUGGAAAACAAUGCACCGAACAUCGUCGCUGCCAUGUUGGUUUCGCCCCUGAUGGGCCCAGUGAUGUCGAUUACCUUCGGAACGAUAAUUGCCGACCGGGAGCUGGUGAAAGUGGGCUUUAUCUCGCUGGCGCUGGGGAUGUUCAUCUCCAUUCUGUUCGGUUUCAUUUUCGGACUGAUCCUGGGCACCACCGAGAUGCCGUGGGGAUUCGGAGACUUUCCCACGGAGGAGAUGAAAGGGCGUGGAAAUGCCCGGUCACUAUGGAUGGGAAUCCUCUGGGCGCUAACGUCGGGAAGUGGCGUGGCGGUAGCGUUACUCCAAGGAUCGGCAGGACCGCUGAUUGGUGUUGCGAUUUCUGCCUCACUGCUUCCACCGGUUGUUAAUUGUGGUCUUUUCUGGGCGCUGGCCUGCAUCUGGCUAAUUUAUGAGGACAUUAAAAUUCCGCAUCUGAAGGGCGAAGCAUACAGCGGAAACUCGAGCUACGAGUUUGUGUACACCAAUUACAUUCCGACGGAAUUUCUUAUUAACGGUAUCGUUUCCGGGCUGCUCACGGUGAUCAACGUCAUUUGCAUCUUCAUAACGGCCAUCAUUGUGCUCAAGAUAAAGGAGGUGGCCGCCCCGUACACGUCCAGUCCGGACUUGCGCAGAUUCUGGGAAACUGAUAUACGCACCGCGCGGACAGCCAACCGUACCACCAUCAGGAGGAAGCAAACCGGAAGCGAGGCGGAUGUUAUGUCGACGUAUGCCGAGGUGGAGAACCAUCCGAAGGCGCGUGGCCUGGAAACUGCUCUGGAGCAGGCACUGAAGGAAGCCGUAGACGAUGACACCUACCGAAAGGUGAAACGGAUGAGUUAUUCGAGCAACGCCGCCAGUGAGAUUGCGGAGCGUCUUUUCGGACUGUCCGGAUCCGGGUCCCGCAACAGCAACAGUGGCCUCUCGCAAAGUUCCAGCUCUAUCCGAAACUCGAAAAAUACAGCCGAUUUGAAGCUUCUGGAAAAAUUGGUCACAUCCCUGCUGGAAUCGCAAGAUUCGUCAUCCACCAACACCAACCGUGGCUCCAUGAUGCAACGUUUGCGACCCAUGUCCCGCUCGUUCCGGCUGCCCAGUUCCAUCCGCAGGAAGGACGCCCAGGGCAGAAAUACCGGCUCGGUGGGUCCAAUGCCGACGAUUCGCGAAUCCGGUGGAAGUGGUGGUCAUCGGACUAAUUCUUGGGGCGAUCGAAACAGCAACGUCAGACGGGUGCUGAACUCAAUUGCCAAUGCUCCCCACCGGUUGAGCCAAUCGCUGUCCCCGGAUGGACGGGACGACGAGGAGAGAAGUAAUCUCACUCAGAAUAUCCUUUGAAGAUUAAUAGAGUAGUUCAUAUUUAUAUAAUUCCUAAUCCUUUUUAAUUAAUAUUGUGGUGAAUGGGGAUACUGUAUCGAUAAAGCUGUAAUUUUCUUUCCAAGAAAUAACUC